UCUCCCACGCUGCAGUCGGUGGUUCUGCCCGGAUUCAGACCCGGAAUCCGAAUCGGAAUCGGAAGCGGAAUCGGAAUCUUGCCCGGAUUGUAAAGCAGACAAACAGAGAGAGAGUGUGUGUUCGGCACGGUUCCAAGUUUACACUUGCAACAGCAGCAACAGCAACAGCAACAGCAGCAGUGGCAAUGGCAGUAAUGGCAGCAAUGGCAGCUAAAAUCAACAAAAUCAACAAAGGCAACAAAGACGCUGGGCAAAAAGCAAUCAGCAAACACUAGGCUGUAAAAAGGACUCGCAAAAUAGAAAAAAAUCGCUGCUGAAGGGCAGUUUCUUUUUGUUGUUGUUGCUGUUUUUGCUGCUACUGUUGCUGUUGUUGUUGUUGCUGUUAUUGUUGUUGCUGUUGCCACUGCUGCUGUGGCUGGGAAAUUUACGUUGUGUUUUGCUCUCACAUUUCCCUGUUUUUAUUUUUUUUUCAAGUAUUUUUAGUGCUUGCGUGCGAAAUUUUGUUGGUGUCAAAGUUAAACAUUUAACGUGAGAUCAGUGCAAGGACAUUCGUGGCAGCAGCAACACCAGAAGAAUAAUUGCAGCACCACAAGGAAAAUAAACAGCUGCAACACCAAGAGCAACAACAACAACAGCAACAACAAGGCAACAAGAAAUAUUUGCUGCAAGUGCAGCUCCCACAGCCGUCGCCGCCGCCAAGUUCAAAAUCAACGCCUGACAAUGACAAAAGCAGCGACGUGGCGCCCCAAAAUAACAGCAGUGGCAGCAGCAGCAGCAGCAACUGAAGGAGCAGCAACAACAGCAACAGCAGUGCCAGGAGCAACACCAAUCAAAACAGCAGCAACAUCAAGAGCAGCAGCAACUGCAACUGCAACGAAAGCAAUAACAAUCAAUGGGCCCCAAACGACAUGGCGACGUCAACGAGGCUGCAAAGCAGCAACUGAAGCAAUCGCAGCAGCAGCACCAACAACAAAAACAACAAGAACAAGAGCAACAACAACAACAACAACAACUGUGCUGCUGCCACAGCAAAGCCAAUCGCAACAGCAACAAUCGUUCAUGCAACGCCUAAGGGCGGCCAGUCGUUCGCAGGGGGCGUGGCUGCCACCAAUGACGUCGCUGUGGCUGCCAACCGACUCUGUCGGCCGGCUUCUUCUUUUGGCCCUCUGCCUGCUGGCUUGCCUCAGCCCCUUUACAGCUGCACUCGAGGAGGACUGCGUUGACUUUCAGGGCAACAAGGUGAACCACGGAAUGCUGUACGUCCCGGGACCCGGGGUCUGCAGCCUCUGUGUCUGCUACCACUCCGAACCACUCUGGUGCAAGGCCAUCUACUGUGAUCCGCCCUACUUUUGCAAAAACUUCCGUGUUGGCGAGCGCUGCUGCGAGUUCGAGUGCCUGGAUCCACCCGGCGAGGACAAACUGUACCAGGAACGUAUGCGUAAGAGGGCCGAGAUUCUGGCCGGGAACAGUACAGCCUCGAAUGUGCAACUCGCCCCGAUCGCCAUGUCCACCAUAAUGCUGGGAUUCCUGGGCAACAGCUUCCUGAACUUAUAACUUGAAGUCAAAUAGCAAGGAAUGGAGAUCAAUUUGUGGCGAAGCUAAGCGAUGCGAAAUCAGAACCUCCUCAUUUUAUUUGUUUUGUUGCUCCUAAAGCGUAGGACUCUCUCGAGAAUUAUUACAGUGUAAUAAGCAAAAGCCCCGGCCAGAUAUCGAUAGCGAUAUGUCUGAGCAUUAACUUAGAUGAUGCAAAUGGCAUCGUGCAAUUGCGAUGCGUAGGUUUUCACUUAUAUCCCCAGACUUCAAAUAGGUACAAUAAUAAUAAUUUCAAAAAGGGCCAUGGAACAGGCACGAAAAUGAACCCUUAAUUGCAGAACACUCUCGAAUACCUUCAAUGUGAUCCGAAUCCGAAUCAGAAUCGAAUCGGUAGAGCCAGCAGAUAUAUAGCAUAUAUACAUUUACAUCUACCUAAGUAUACAUGAGUAAGCAACACCAAGCAACCAGAACAAACUCAUCAAGCGAACGUAUAAGACAGUCUCUAGCUCAUAAGAUUCUAUAGUAAACAGAAAUAUAUAUAGAAAAUAUAUAUGUAUACAGAUAUGGAAAUCGAUGUAAGCAUAUUGUACAUAAGAGUGUAUAGCUCUUUGUAUCGGAUCAAAAAUUGUUGAUUAGUGUUUAGCUAACUGAAUGAAGGCGACUUCGGCUAGAAAGAUAGGUUUUUUAAUCAAAUUGAAAUUGAAAAUUCACUAAGAAAAAUCACCACGUUGCAUCACAUUAUAUCUCCACAUCCUGCUCCUAUUAAAUGUUUUUUUUUUUUUGUCAUUUAGAGCUGACAAAAUAUCGAUUGAAUUAUUCAACAAUUAAAACCCAUUUAAAAAGAGUUCAAAAUCGAUGGCUUGCCAGCUGAAUUUUUUUUGGAAACCAGACACAUUGAAUACAUUAUAUAUGAACGGUAGGGGCAGUUCGAUGGAGAAUUUCGAUCUUAGAAAACGGUAGUAAAUUACACAUAUCUUGGCAACAUUCUUUCCAAAAUAUUCUAACAGACACGGACACGAAUGAAUCAUUAUCUCUUGCAUUGGUGCUAAUUUUAUCGUAGGCUAAAUGAAUUAAACACACACACUCCUCACUUCGCACACCACACACUCCUCCAGUCAUAUUGAAUCAAAUUCUAUAUAUAUACAUGCAUAUAUAUAUAUAUCAAUUAGGUAAUGUAAUCGAGAGCAAAAGAGCCUAGCAUAUACGACUAGUUAACCGAUUAAAAAAUAAACACAUGUUUCAUGUAAGAAAUUUGCCCAAGGUAAACCUGUUAACGAUCUAAUAAUAAUAAUACCUACUAAUAAGAAUAACUUAAACAAAAACCUACUCCUAUGUUCGUUCGCUCGAUAGGUUUUACUUUUCACAUUCGGAUAAAUCGAUUGCAUAAUCAGCGGAGAGCGGAAAACUUUCGGCGAAGCUUAGUAGAUAUGUAGGAAAACCCCUUCAAGAAGAUUAGAUCUCGUUUCAACUCUAGGCUAAUGACUCUCAAGCCAGAUCCGUCUCUUUCUAUAUAUACGAGUAUAGCAAUCUACGAUCGUAGCGAAUAAAUCUAGAGUUAUAGCAGGACCAGCAAACCAAGAAGAACAUCAAAUUUAAAUGGAAUCCGUGAAAUUCAAUAUAGAGUAUAGGUGCUACCCAAAAAGCGAAAGUUGGUCAAAUUUUUUUCACUUGACAGGCACAUCUAGCAAAAAAUAAUAAUUAACAUUAACGAUAAAAUGCGGGAAAAUCCGAGAAAAAAAGGGGAGUACGGCUGUGAAAUUAUGUUUGCUUUAAAAUGCAUAAACGCAACUGUAAAUAAUAAAUGAUGAUAAGCCAUAAUAUGGUGAAACUAUUCAGAUCAAGUAGAAAAUUCGAGAAAAGCGAUAUGAAGCUCAGAGAGAAACGGAAUAAGAGGAAAACAACUAAUUAACUGAAUGUACAAUUCAAUAUGCCACAACAUCUGACCAAUUAUGAUCCAUAACAGAUAUAUAUAUAUAUAUAUAUAUAUAUACACAAAAAUAUAUAUAUACAUACAUCAAUCCAAGUAUCGAAUAAGACAAAUGACAAAUUUUAAUUAAACAAGAUCGAGAAAAGAUGAUGAGAAAAGGCAGAUUCGAAGCGCGCUUAACAAAUUUUUAACAUAGACUCAACUAACAAAUGCAAAUUGGCUUUAAUUAACAACUAAUAACGAACAAAUCACACGAAUAAUAUCUGAAGAUAAUAUUUCGAAAACAUAUUUGAUUUGUUUUUGAUCGUCUUUAGUUAUAGAUAGCAGAGUUGUGAAACAACCGAAAAACUUUUUCCUAAGCUUAAACGCUUUGCCAUUUGCAGGACCCAAAGAUCCUUGACAAAAUGUUUUUAUAAUCCAGAUUAACUAAAGGCAGGAUAUAAAGUUCCAAGGAUUACAAUGUCUGGAAUUUUCUUUUACUUUGAUAAAAUUUAUUUAAUUUUCAUGUAAAAUAGAUUAAUUUAAAAUUUGUCCAUAUAAAGGGAAUACAUUUCUUAUAAAGCUCAUAACAGUAUGUCAUUUCAGUAACGUGAACAUGAAAGAGAUAGGAAAUCUUGUUAAGAGGAAAGAGAUAGCUUUCAAAAUGUAUUCCAUGAGCUUUAUAUCCUGCCUUUCAGACUGGAAGUUAUUAAUCUUUAUUAUUGAUAUAAUUAUCAUAGAGCAGGUAAUAUUUUACAUUUCUUAAACCUUACCAACCAAAAUCCAAAUCGAAAAACAAAAACAAAACUAUUAAACUUGACAAUUUUCAAUGUAAUCCAAAACGAAGUUAUAACAAGAGCGUGUAAUGGGAAAUCUUCAAGAAAAAUUAAAAAAAAAUUAUUAAUUAAUACAAACAAGGAAACCAAUGUCAUAAAAAGUUUAAAGAUAAUUUAGCAAAAGAGGCAAAUCCAAAAUCAUGUAUGCAUACUUUAUAAUAAUAAUAAUUCUAAAUACCAAAAAAUUUUAACAAAAAUAUACAAAUAUUUUCACAAUAGCUUAAA